AUGACGUUUAUGGCAUAUGAGGAGAGGAAAGCGAAGAAGCCAGCAUCGGUUGCAAAAUCGAACAUUAUUUUCGAUGUGAAACCGUGGGAUGAUUCAAUUGAAAUGGCCGAUAUCGAGAAAAAUAUUCGUGCCAUCGAAACGGAUGGCCUUGUUUGGGGAACUGCAAAAGUUCUACCUGUUGCUUAUGGCAUCAAAAAACUUCAAAUCUGCUGUGUGGUAGAGGACGAGAAAGUAUCAUCGGAUUGGCUGGAGGAACAGAUCACCGGAUUUGAAGAACUGGUACAAUCCGUCGAUAUAGUGGCCUUCAACAAACUGACGGAGGAAAUCAUGAAAGCACGUAAAAAUGCAUCUGACGCAUCGCUACUAUUGUCGCUGCAGCAGCUCUCUCUGAUCGAUUCUGCUAUGCAAUUUUUCAUACCCACAUCGAUCAUACCAUAUCUCGACCGCGAACUGAUUGAGCAAAAUAAAGAAUUUGAUGUUGCGGGCCCGAUGAGUAUUCUUUAUGAUGACGAAAGCUUCCGAAAAAAACAGCUGCUGAAAGCUGCGGAUGUUUUCAAUGCGUUGAUCGAAUCGUGCGAGGCUCUAAGCAAUUCCGUUGCAAAGAAUUAUUUGAUCGAUUACAUCUUUUUGAAUGAACAGUUGCUGAAAGCUGCGGAUGUUUUCAAUGCGUUGAUCGAAUCGUGCGAGGCUCUAAGCAGUUCCGUUGCAAAGAAUUAUUUGAUCGAUUACAUCUUUUUGAAUGAACAGUUGAUUAAGCUUGGUGAACGGAAAAUGGAAGCGAAAUAUAAGAAAAUUAUUGCAUACACAUUCCGAAGGCCAACUGUCAUGUUGAUGCUGUUCCGUAUGCUGGCCAGGAAACAGCCCGUAUGGAUGACGAAAGCUUUGGGAAUUCGUCAGACGAUGCUAUUCUUGUUGGAUGAGUUCGGAAUAUCCAAUCUAAUAACUGCAAUAACUGAAGGUCCAGAUUGUUUCAGUAACGUAGUGUUUACAAUGAAUUUAUCACGUACGUUGGCUAAAAAACCGAGUGGUAUGGAAGAGAUGAAGUAUUUUGGUUUAAUCAAAAAGCAGUUCUUUCAUGCUUUUGAGGCCAACUGUCAUGUUGAUGCUCUUCCGUAUGCUGGCCAGGAAACAGCCCGUAUGGAUGACGGUAUGGCUUAA